UGCUGGCAGGGAGGAGCAUUACACCUCAGGAGCUUUUAUUUUGAAGUGUGGCGCCCCGCAGUUGUUGUUAAACCUCUGUUGACAGUGGGACGAGUGUGAAUACGGCAUCGAAUGCUGCAAAUCACAGGAUGGACUCCAGUGGGAAACCCUCGACUGUACAGAUCGUGGUUCUAGCCACCAGCUCAGCCCUGACUGCACUCUUCUAUUCUAUUUACAAGAACCGAGCUACAACAGUUGCCAGAUUGAAGGAAGCCAAGAGAGUCUCCAUUGACCAGGAUUUGAAGAACAUCCUGUCUGAAACUCCUGGAAGAUGUGUCCCAUAUGCUGUCAUAGAAGGUGUAGUGAGAUCUGUGAAGGAAACUUUGAACAGCCAGUUUGUUGAUAACUGCAAAGGGGUGAUUGAAAGACUGACCUUGAAGGAGGAAAAGAUGGUGUGGAAUCGCACCACUCAUCUCUGGAACAACACAGAGAAAGUGAUCCACCAGCGCACCAACACCGUUCCAUUUGAUCUCGGGUCUCAUGAUGACGGUAUCGCUGCCACAAUUCGGGUUAUAAGACCACUAGACGCUGCAGAGUUGAACCUGGAGACCACAUACGAGAACUUCCACCCCACAGUCCAGUCCUUGUCCAACGUUAUUGGCCACUUCAUCAGUGGGGAACGACCCAAAGGCAUCCAUGAAACAGAGGAGAUGCUGCGGCUGGGAGAUAGCGUCACUGGUGUUGGAGAGCUGGUCCUGGAUAACAACCUGAUCAAGCUCCAACCUCCCAAACAGGGCUUUCGUUAUUUUCUCACACGCCUGGAUUACGACUCUCUUCUCAGGAAGCAAGGGAACAGCGUCCGACUGUGGAGGAUUCUGACCGUUGUCUUUGGAGUCGCUGCUUGUUCCACCCUCCUCUUCAUCCUGUGGAAGCAAUACGUCCACCACAGAGAGAGCAAGAAGGAGAGGAGCAUGCUUGAGGAGUUCAAGGAGCAUCAGAAGAAACGUAUGCGUGAACUCAACGUAGAGGAAACCAGCGUGUCGCCCACCAGCUGUACUGUCUGCCUGAGCCGGGAACGCUCCUGUGUGUUUCUCGAGUGUGGUCAUGUGUGUGCCUGUGCCCAAUGCUACGGUGUCCUGCCAGAGCCAAAGAAAUGCCCCAUCUGCAGGGCGACGAUAGACAGGGUGGUGCCUCUGUUCAACAGCUAAUGUGGUAAUACAGAAAUGUGUAAUACAUCAGAAGUGUACUUUUCAUUUUACAGUCAUAACACUGAAAAUAUGUUGUUCAAAAGCUGACUGUUCAGGCUUGACAGAGGUAUUAAUGGCACAUUUUUUUGCCCUUUUUUUACUUACUGAUUGAUUUAUGGUAGGUAUCUGUGCUGAAUCAUAUUCCACAUUAAAUGUUCCAAUGUACUUCAAAACCUGUAAAAUAGAGAAAAUGAAAUUCCUAUUUUUAAAUGAGUAUUCUUCAUAGUCAGACAAAUAUUGAUCAAUCUUAUAAGUUAAGAACUUUUACUUGCAUUUUUACACGUGUCAAAAGCAGCAUUUAAGAGCAGAUUCACACUCACAAAGUUAAACCUUUCAGAAUACACUGCAAAGACAUUUAACAGAUAGUAAGCGGUGGUAUAUAUUAAAAAUACAGUACAUAAAGCCUACAUUUUGUAAACGACACAAUUCAAAAUGUUUUUUUUAUUAUGAAACCACAGCUUAGUAUGCUGCUAACAGUCUACAGUUCUUAUCUUGUUGCCCUAUAAGAGUCAUGCUACUGGGUGAAUUAGGUUUAGUCAUUUUUGCUCCUGCUUGAAUGUGGUACUCUAAAUGCUUUGUCUGAGCUACAUUGUCCUGAUGUUGACGUUUAAGUGUUCAUUGAGUGCUCAUUGCCGUUGGCUCAUUGGCCCCGUCUUAUUCUCAGUCUUUACAUUUGAUAUUGGAAGCGCACACACAGGCAAUUCAUUCUAGCUGAACAUUCUUUUAAUGGUGGGAUUUUGCUUUGGUGAGUCAUUGUGUUUCAUUAAAGGUUGUGUUUUGUGCAGUGCAGACAAGCCAGAGAAAAAGUUGUGGUUCACACAAAAAAAUGUAUCUGCAAAACUCUAAGGAGUGAGGUGUGGCGGGUCGAUAAUUGUACAAGCUUCUGUCAGGUUGUUUGGUGUUUUGGAAAGAGGGAACAGGCUGACCCUGUUUUUAUUUAUUUUUUGCUCCAAGAAAGACCCAUCCUGCAUGUGCUCAGGCUCUACAUACAGUCGGCUCAGAGUACACAGAGCAACUGACAGCACGUUAAAGCUGUUAAAGGUAGCAGUACAGGGUCGACCGCUAUAAAGAAAAGAAAACUGCAAUGUAAAACAAAUAAGCAUUGUUACACAAUCAUUUUGUAAAAUAAGGCAAAAGGAGCAAGCAGUUUGAAGAAAAUGUAGAUUUCUGCCAGUAGAGGGGGAUGUCUGCCUGUGAGGAAAAUCAGCGAUUCAGGAUUUGGAGCAUGAAUAAACACAAAAUUGUGAAACCACAGCUUUCCCGAUGCAAGCAGAUGUUUUCAACUCAUUCUUUCUUUUCUUUUUUUGGGUUGUAUUAUUGUUUUGCUUCAUUUUUAAACUGGCUGAACAUUGAAAUAAGAGGAACAGAAUAUAUUUUAAAAGCCAAAUAUCCAAACGCAAAUAUAAGUGCUGGGCCCUGUAUGCCUUUGUGACAGUGGCAAA